AUGUUAUUUGAAAGCAUAUUAAGACCUGAGAGACGAAAGUAUAAACCAUUGACUACUUGGAAGAAUGGAUCCAAAGCCAGUACCAAAUGGAUCCGAAUCAAGAGUCUCUCCAUAAAGCAAUGGCUCUUCAUUUCUGUGGUAUUUUCCAUCACUUCGUUCAUAAUUUUCUCACAUUUUCUCUCCAACUCAUCGCUUCACGGGCUAAUAAGGAUUCCUCCGAAACCCAAAUUCAAGUGUUACUCAAAUGAAGACCCAUUGCGGGCAUCACUGCGACGGAUCACACCUAACACUCAUGUCUCCAAAUUUCAACUACGAUUGGAUCCAAAGGUGUUGGUCUUCGUGGAGACCCAGUACUCAAAGCUCGGUAAACAGAUCACUGAGAUCUUGGAGUCCAGUCGUAUAAAGUUUAAAGCAGAAAUAGUGGGCAAAAGUCUGCCGCUGCUGACGAACCUCGAGAGGGGGAGGUUUGCGGUCAUUAUAUUUGAAAACUUGAAUAAAUACUUAAAUAUGAAUAAAUGGAACCGAGAAUUGCUGGACAAGUAUUGUCGCGAAUACAGCGUCGGUAUUAUAGGUAUGAUUCAACCCAAUGAUGAAAAGCGGAAUGGCGUCCAAUUGAGAGGUUUUCCACUGCAAAUGGACACCGGAGUGGCCAUAAGAGACUUCCGACUGAAUCCAUUGUCUCCGAUAUUACGUGUGACGCGCGCCGGAGAAGUGCAGUUCGGGAACCUUCCGGGCGAUGAUUGGGUUGUCUUCUACUCGAAUCACACGUCUUAUCAGCCCUUAGGUCAGGCAUACCUUCAGCGCCCGAUCGAGUUGUACUCUAAUGACGUGAAUACCAAUGAAACCAAUUUCAUACCUAAGAAAAAACUCGUGACAACUGUUAUACAGGAUCACGGCUUAUACGACGGAAUACAGCGAAUACUAUUUGGAAAUGGAUUCACUUUUUGGAUCAAUAAGUUAUUGCUCUUGGAUUCCAUAUCAUUCUUAUCUCACGGAAAGCUAAGUCUUCCGCUCCAGAGAUAUAUUCUCAUAGAUAUCGACGACAUAUUUGUUGGCGAAAAGGGAACUCGAAUGAAGAGAUCUGAUGUCUUGGAGUUACUCGACUCUCAACGACGACUGAGUCUACUUAUACCAGGCUUUCGGUUUAAUUUAGGAUUUUCCGGAAAGUAUUACCACAAGGGAUAUGCCGAUGAGGACUAUGGGGACGACCUAUUGUUGGAUAAUGCCGAUAAGUUUUGGUGGUUCUGUCACAUGUAUUCUCACACUCAGCCCCACCUCUACGAUAAUAUUACUAUUUUAGAGAAUGAGAUGAAAAUGAAUCACGAAUUUGCACAGGUAUUCAACUUAUUGCCAUUAUGUUAUGUCUUAGACUCUGCUGUGCUGCCCCGACAGACUUGUGGUCUCUAUACGCAUACGAUAUUUUUGGACAAAUACCCGGGCGGUCGUCAUAAACUCGACAACAGUAUUCAUGGCGGAGAACUUUUUUACUCAUUUAUAUUCAAUCCCAUUAAUGUAUUUAUGACUCAUUUGUCAAACUAUGGUAACGACAGACUCGCAAUCUAUGCGUUCGAGUCGGUCAUUAAGUUCGUCCAGUGCUGGACUAAUCUGCAACUCUAUACACUACCACCCCUUCCAUUGGCCACAAAGUAUUUCCAGUUAUAUCCCGAAGAAAGUGAUCCCAUUUGGAUGAAUCCAUGCAAUGAUAAGAGGCAUCACUCGAUCUGGUCGUCCACCAAAUCGUGUGACCAGUUGCCCAAGUUUUUAGUGAUUGGACCGCAAAAGACUGGUUCUACUGCUUUGUACACAUUCUUGUCGAUGCACCCGACGAUUGUCAGCAAUUAUCCGAGUCCUGAGACGUUCGAAGAGAUCCAGUUCUUUAACGGCAAGAACUACUAUAAGGGCUUAGACUGGUAUAUGAACUUCUUUCCGGUGCCUAAGAACUCGAGUCCCAGUUAUCUGUUCGAGAAGAGCGCCACUUAUUUUGACGGCGAAUUGGUUCCGAUGCGGGCGCACGCACUCCUGCCCACCGCCAAACUGGUAGCCAUUCUGGUCAGUCCUAUCAAAAGGGCGUAUUCAUGGUAUCAUCACACGAGAGCUCACAAAAGCUCCAUUGCUCUCAACUUUUCGUUUUUCGAUGUGAUCACCGCUAAUGAAAAAUCACCCAAACUUUUACGAGAAUUACGAAACCGAUGCUUAAAUCCAGGCACUUAUGCCCAACACCUCGAACGAUGGCUUUCCUAUUAUAGUCCUCAACAGCUUAUGAUAAUCGAUGGCGAGGAGCUCAAAGCGAAUCCCGUUUUAGUGAUGAAUAAAUUGCAAAAUUUCCUAAAGAUUGAGCCGUACUUUGAUUACAAACUGCAUCUGAGGUUUGAUCCGAAGAAAGGAUUCUUCUGUCAAGUGAUUCACAUGAAUAGUACUAAAUGUUUGGGGAGAAGCAAAGGACGGGUAUAUCCGCCGAUGGACUCAACAGCGCACAAGUUUUUGCGGUCUUUUUAUUUGCCGCAUAACAUCGCGUUAUCCAAACUGUUGACAAAACUCCAUCACCCGAUCCCCUCGUGGCUUGAGGACGAUCUCAGUACCGGCUAUACAUGACCUCCAUUUCGGUCAUUGUCUCAAUUAGUGCCAAUAGUUUGCAUUUUUGUAAGUCUUAUACAAUCAUUUUUAGUGUACAUUUUUCAUUGCAAAUAGCUUUAAUUAAUGAAUAAUUGAAAUUAUAAACAAUUUCUAUACAAACUAAAAG